UCCUGCUCGGUCGACGUGAGCUGCGCCCUGAACUGUGUUCAUGUGUGCGAUUUCAGACAAUAUAUUUCAGUAGUCUACUAUUGCCUACAGUACUUAGGGUAUGUUGAAGUAGACGACAAAUAUCCUCCUCAGUCUGACCUGCUGAAAACUCGUCUCCAAACAGUACAGGAAAUGGAUUUUCAGAGGCUGCUGUUGGAGGUAGGGAAGGCCCUGCGAAAGGACGAGGUAAAAGAUUUAGCAUUUCUUUGCACUGACCUCCUGGGCCAAAACCCGACCUCUGUGGAUUCAGCCAAUGACCUCUUCUCUCGUCUGGCCGAUCAAGACCAUCUCUCACCUGAGCAACCACACCUGUUGACUGAGCUUCUCACCACUAUUAAACGCACCCGUCUGGUCCGUGACCUCGCUCUCACUGAUCGAGAUUCUGCAACCAGUAGCCUCAUCUCUCCUUACAGGAAGCUACUCUACAGCCUGUCUGAGGAGAUUACUGAUGAUGACUUGAAUCAUGUGAAGUUCUUGUUGAACAAAACGCUGCCACGUAGAAAACUGGAGGACAAUGUUACUACACUGGAGGUCUUCCUGGAGAUGGAGCACAUGGACCUCCUCAGUGACACUAAUUUAAACGAACUGGAGAAAAUGAUUCAGUCAAUCUGUCCCAUGUUGAAAGAAAAGAUCAACCAGUUCAAAGCACUGCCAGUACAUCCAACCAGGCCUAUGGCUCAACAGUUCAGCAGAUCGAGGUCUAUAACUUGCCCUUUUGAACUAAACCAGGACCCUCAAUCUUUAAAUUCUGAAAGGUCCGUCUCGAGUAUAAGAUCAGAAUUCCAGUUAUCGGCCCAGAGUUCCUUGAAUUCUUCCAACACCUCGAUGGAUCUUCCAGAUGUGUUGGGUGAAGAUGAAUAUGGAGCCCUGUCACAUGGACUGAGUGGUUUACACACUGAAACAAGCAGCUUGAGAAGAGAUGCCGUGGGAUUGUUGCUGUCUCAAGAACACGAGACCUCCCCUGAAGAGCUGAUUUUUCAGACUACCAAUACAAACAGUGAGGAUUUGGGAAUAUAUCCCAUGACUGCAGCAAAGAGAGGUAUCUGCUUGAUAGUAAACAACAACAACUUCUCUGGAUCCAAUCUCAAGAAUCGGGAGGGGACCAUGAUUGAUGAAAAGUGUCUACAUGAUGUGUUUAAGUGGCUGGGCUUUGAGAUCGAGACACGGCGCGACUGUACGAGCAGGGAGAUGCUGUCUGUGUUGCAGGAGCUCGGCAGAAGAGACCACGGUCAGAUGGACUGUGUGGUAUGCUGUGUUCUUAGCCAUGGUCAGCAGGGAGGGGUGUGUGGUGUGGACGGCAACACCGUUAAGCUCAUGGAACUGAUGGAGCCUUUGAACGGAGUAAUGUGCCCCUCUUUGGCAGCAAAACCCAAGCUGUUUUUCAUCCAGGCUUGCCAGGGCACCAGCGAGCAAAGGGCCGUCUACGUCGAGGCGGAUGGCAUUGCACGUAGUCCUGUUAGUAGUGAUGCUGUUGUAGCGAACAACUCUAUCCCAUGUGAUGCUGAUUUCCUGCAGGCAAUGGCCACCGUUCCUUUUUUCGCCUCCUUCAGAGAGAGGAAGAAUGGCACCUGGUUUAUUCAGUCAUUGUGCCAAAACCUGGUCCAGAUGGUGCCCAGGGAGAUUGACCUCGUGUCUAUCCUGACAAAAGUGAAUGCUGAUGUUAGCGAGAGGUCCGAUUUUGCCGGUAAAAAAAAGCAAAUGCCUCAACCAGCCUUCUCACUCAGGAAGAGAGUGGUCUUUCCUGUCCCUGAAGCCCGUCCUCCCAGCCUGCUGUCUCACACAUCCGAUGUUCCCUGAAAGGGGUUUUUAUCUUACAAAAACUGUUUAAAGUUUUGAAUCUGUUGGGUAAACUGUUGCAAAGCCUUAUCCAAAUGUGUUUUAUAUUUUUAUGACGACCCCUGAGCAAGCCUGCAUUUGCUGAUAAAGACAAUGGCGUGACUGAAAACUUUGAGGUGAAGCUUUAUUGGAGAUGAUUUUGUCACACAAUUUUUUAAAGGUUUAUAUGAGACAGUCAUUCUGGUAUGAUAUCUACAGUGUAAUUGUCGAAAUUAAAUAUUUGUACAUGAUAUUAAAUGAACUGUGCAAUCGAAUCAUGCACAUCAAUUCAGAAGUAAAUGCAACAUCCUGGCUUUUAUUCUUUUCAUACAUGUACUUGAGUGUAUUAUUGUUACCAUUGUCAUUUAAUAUGACUAGGAGCAUAUGGUUGUUACACAUUAGAAAUCCACGUAAUCUUUGCGGCAGUUCAAACACAACAAUUUCCCAUCAGUCAAGCAAUAAAUUU